AUGGCGCUGCUGCGCGUGCGCCACUGCCGCGCGCUGCUGUACUGCCGGCGCGCGCCGCCGCGCUGCCCCGCGUGCGGCGGGGACCUGCGCGCCGCCGGGCUGGCCGCUGCGCCUGUCCGCCUGCGCUGCCCCUUCCGGCACGGCCACGGGCAGCCCCGCGCCUUCCUCAUUAGGCCCAGCCGCGGCAACUUCCUGCACGACUACCGCGGGCACUGCGACCUGCACGUGGGCAUCACCAACUCCCAGGGGCUGGUGUACAACUAUGACCAGGAGGGCGUGCACAGGGCUGCCAGCGGCUGGGAGCAGUGCAUCAGCAUCCCCCUGGUGCAGCCAGACAUGUGGGAGCUCCUGCAGCACUGGGACAGCCUCCUGGAGGAAUUCUCCUUGGAAGAGGCCUGGCUCCCUCACAGGUNCGAGGAGCAGCAGCACAACUGCUACACCUUUGCCCUGGCCUUCGUGAACCGCGUGCGGCAGGCCCGGGGCCGCGCGGCGCUGAGCAAGGGCGAGUUCACCCAGCGCUUCCUGCUGCCCCACACCUCCGAGGCCUCGCGCUACCUGGCCCUGCAGCAGCAGCUGCAGCACAGCGACGUCUACGUCGUGCCCCUGGCUGAGCAGCAGCACCACAGCGCGGCUGGGAACCACAGCCUGCUGGAGUAGCCAUGGGCAAGGGAGGGUUGGGGCUCCAGCUCAGGGUUCAGGGUUUAAUGUGGUUAAAAACACCAUUCACUUCGCCCUGUACCACAGGGAGGAGCAGGGUACUGAGCUUGUGCGUUUCAAUGUACACACUACAGAGAAUUUCCAUGGGAACUAUUCCUGUGGAAAAAUGUUUUCUGAUUUAACAUUCACUGUGUGCUCUGUUCUGCAAAGACACGUCACAGCAGAAAUCAGAACUGCUGUGGAAUUCAGGGCUUUAGAAAUGAACUUCAGCUGUAGCAAACCAAAAUAGCCUUUUCCUGUCACAUUUGUUUACUGAUGGGUGAAAAAAAGGGAACACGUGUUUGUGUGCUGCUAAAUCCCAUCCCUAUCUGACUGUUAAUUUCCUUUCCUUUAAUUACUAAUAAAUAUACCAACAAAUAAAUCCA